AUGGAUGGCCAAAUCAACAUCAGCCAAAUAACAAUCUGGGAAAAGCCUUUUCUCUGUUAUGAGUUUAGUAACAGGUCUUGUCAGAAAUUUGUCUAUCCUUUGGAAACCCGGAUAUUACUCUACAUCCUUUGUAGUGUCUCUUCAAUUAUCACAAUCAUAGGAAACCUGCUUGUGAUUAUAACGGUCAUUCAUUUCAAGCAGUUUCACACACCGACUAACUACCUCAUCCUGUCUCUGACCGUGGCCGAUCUGCUUGUCGGAGGAGUUGAGAUGCCUCCCAGCAUGCUGCGCUCCAUCGAGAUGUACUGGUAUCUGGGAGAUUUGUUCUACAGAUACUAUGCCAUAUAUCACCCCUUUCAAUAUCACAGUAAAAUGACAUCGCUUGCCACACUAGUUAUGAUUAUUAUCUUCUGGACUGUUUCAGCUGCUCUGGGGUUUGGCACGAUCUUCUUGGAGCUUAAUAUUAUUGGUGCUAAAGAUUUUUACUAUGAAAACGUUAAGUGUGAUGGAAGUUGCACACUGUUUCAGAGCAGAGAGGCAGCUACUAUAAUGUCAUUGGCCUGUUUUUGCAUUCCUGCAUCUUUGCUUUAA